UGAGAGAAGAAGAAGCAGUGAGAGGUCAAAGUUGACUCCGGUGAAAACAUGGUUGAACACGGGGAUAUCCGCGUGGUUCACCGAGGUGGUAGUAAAAUAAACUUCAGGGAGCCUGUCAUAACUAAUGACUCAAGGUUCCUGCUGUGCGCCUCCGGAGAGUGUGUGAAGGUGUUCAGCACCUCCACGGAGGAGUGUAUCCACGACCUGCGGGGACACACCGACCUGGUGACAGGUGUGCUGAUCAGACCCUCCAACCACCUGCAGGCCUAUUCUUGCUCAACAGAUGGCACUGUCAGACUGUGGGACUUCACAGAUGGCAUCCUUAUUAAGACUUACGUCAUCGGCUGCCCGGUUUACUCCAUCCAUGCUUCUGCCAACCACCAAGGAGUCAUCUUCAUCGUUACUCCCAUGCUAAAUGACAAAAGAUCCGAGUUGUUCCAGCUGGUUGCGGUUCAUCUUCCACAGAGCGGAGAUCAGCUGGUGGAGAGCAGAGAGCUUUCUGCUGUGCUCAGCGAUGUCAGCUCCAACCCAGCAGCCGUGGGCUUUGGCAGAGGGGGGGAAUAUAUUGCUUCAGCUAAAGGUUUGCAUCUGGACGUCUAUUUCUUCAAGAAGCAGAUGUCAUACAGGUUUUCCCUCAAAGAAGACAACAAGAAGGGAGGCAAGAACACUUUCACGUGCAUCGUCUGUCACCCAAAAGACGACUGCAUCGCCACAGGACACGAUGACGGAAAGAUCCGCUUGUGGAGAAACUUCAACCACAAGAAGGAGUACACAUACUCCACCCUGCACUGGCACCACACUGCUGUCAACUCACUGUGCUUCACUCCAGAAGGCACCAACCUGCUGAGUGGAGGCUUGGAGUCGGUGCUGGUCCAGUGGAGAUACAACCAGGAGAGCCAGAAGGACUUCCUGCCUCGUUUGGGUUCUGCCAUCACACACAUCGCUGUCUCACCUGAUGGAGCUCUGUUCUGUACAUCACACAGUGACAACAAGAUUACGAUCAUCCAGAGUUGUGUGAAGGUGUCAGCUAUCAUUCAGGGCCUGGUCAAAGGAGAAAGCUUGAGGGCAGACAUGAUGGUGGAUCCACGCAGCAAAGCCCUGGUGCUGAACGGGAAACCGGGCCACCUGCAGUUCUACUCCCUGCAAAGAGACAAACUGCUGUACAACCUGGACAUCGUGCAGCAGGAGUACAUCCACGAGUCGGGCCUGCAGCAGUUUGAGGUGGUCGAGGUGGCCUUCGAUGCCUCCGGUGACUGGCUGGCAACAGUGGAGGAAAGAAAACAGAAAGCCACGGAGCUGGAGCUGAACUUGAAACUGUGGGCCUUUGAUCAACAAACACAGAGCUUUGUGCUGAACACGACCAUCUCGGCCCCCCACGAGGAGCGGAUUACAGCCAUGUGCUUCUGCCAGGCCGCCGACAGCCAGACCACCAUGCUGGUCUCCACCAGCAAGGACGGACACUUCAAAGCCUGGCAGCUGGCCGCACCGGCCCACACAGAGGAUGAAGGUCCUUCCUGGUCGUGUGACUUCGUCGGAGCCUAUCACGGCCUGGUGCCCGAGCGCUGCUGCUUCUCAGCCGACGGCUCCCUGCUGGCCGUCAGCUUCCAGGAGGUGGUGACCGUGUGGAGCCCGGCGUCCUGGGAGCUCCUGACCACUCUGUCCCAGCCGCCCAAAGCCAUCAGGGACCUUUGUUUUGGGCGGCUAAGCUGCUCCAAGUAUCUGCUGGCAACCACCGACAACAACCUGCUCUGCUGCUGGAACCUCCUCACCUGCUCCUUGGAGUGGAGCACCUCGAUGGAGGUCAGCCUGCUGCUGGCCGACCCGCUCUCUGAGAACAUGGCAGCUUUCUGCGCUCAGGCUGGAAGCACCGACUUGUUUGUGUUUAAGCCCAGCGAGCCUCGGCCCGUGUUUUCCCAGAAGGCCGUGUGCUCGGGGAAGGUGACUCGUGCCGUCUUCGCUCCGAGGGACGAGAUGCUGGAGAGCUGCGAGGAGAGCAGCCAGUGGCUCAACCGCUCGCAGCUCUACUUCCUCACUCAGCACAUGGACCUCAUGACGUUCACCACUAAAGCAGAAGAAGACCGACUGAUGGCCUCCAGCAAACAGCUUGUAAUCGAUGACAGUGUGGCCAUGACGCCGUUUCACCUGUUGCUGGGGAAACGCCAGCAGCAGGAGAAUGAAGCUGCAGCAAGCGGCCUGUCUGCAGAGAGAACGGCUCUGCCUCAGGGCUCCCACGCCAUCAGAGAGCUGCUGCAGACCCCAGCCCACGUCCUGCCCUCCACCUCCUACCUCUGCUCCAUGUUCGUCCAGUCUCUGCUCAUCUCAGUAACCGACAGCAGGGAGGAAAAGAAACGCGCAGAGGAGGAAAUGGAGAGCGAGAAAGAGGAAGAGGAUUCAGAGGAGGAAAUGGAAUCCAGCAUCCCGAGACCAGAGCAGGCGACGGAGAGCGCAGCCCCCGCUCUGACUAAAGCUCAGGUUAGAGAGUUGAGGAGGGUGAAGAAACUCGACCACAGCUGGCUGGCAGGCCUCCUGCACUCGUGAACACGAGCCUGUACAAAGACUCUCGGAUACUGUGCCUAUAUAAAGUUUUCAUCAAUGGUGUUUUUAUGUUUUAUUGUCUGAAUCUGGAAUCCUCCUGGAUUUCUUCUGGGGGAAACAGAAAAUAUUUGAUUGCAUAAGUAUCUGCUCCUUUGGCAGUAGUUACUGCCUGAGUCAACCUUUGUAUCAGCUUACAUUACUGAGCAAAACCUCUUUCUCUGUCAAACUGCUGAGGCUCUGUAUAACAGGGAUCAUUGGGGGAAAAGCAGUUUUUUCUACGUUUGUGGUUGAAAAUAAAUAUUUGUACAAGACACACAUCUCUUGCAGACUUGAAGCAAGUUUUGGAACAUAUUUGCAACAUUCAAACAAUCCUGUUUCUCUUGUUUUGAAUAUUUGUAGACCAACAUUAUAGUUGCAAUCCAUGCAAGUAUGGGCUUUUUUUGUCUUCUUGUUAUGCAAUCAAAUUGAAUGUGUUUGCGUGCAACACUGCUAUCAAAAAAUAUCUUCUUGCAAGUCAAAUAAAUGUGUGAUUAUAAAUGCAUUAUCAUGCAUUAGAAUCUUUUGUUUGCAACUCCAAAAGUUGUGUUUACUGUUGGGCAGAAUCUCUUGGCGGGGCCUACUCUUAACUAACUCUUAACUAUGUAAGAGAGGCUUCUGUUGGCAGAUCAUAGUGUGUUGAAACACACUAUGAUCUGCCACACAAAGCUUUACUUGUCGUGCCUCAAGUAAACAGUCAUUUCACUUCAUACACCUUCAAACAAGUGUUGACUUAUGUCAUAAUAAAGGAUUUGGCUACUUAUGCAAUCAUUUAUUUUGAUCUUUUUUUUUUAUUUUUUUACUUGCACCUGAAAGUAUUUCUGUAAAGUGGAAACGAAGCGGAAAAAAGUGUGGGAUGAAAACUUUUUAUCGACACUGUAUGCAUGCACAUAGAUGUGCAAAACCACGUUUUCUAUCCUUCUAUGAAUUUAAUAAAAAAUGUAAGCCUUU